AUGGAAUUAUUUAAAAAAUAGCCUAUUUAUGUUAAACGUGUGGGUGCCUUAAUAUUAUGCUUACUAAACAUAGAAAUAGUGCUUGAAGAGAUUUCAUCAAUAAAUACAAUUUAGUUGGUAAUAUUCAUUGUAAUAUUAAUUACGUAAUUUGAAGAGGAAGAAACAUGGCAUAAAAUCGUCAAACACUCUAUUAUAUUUUACAUAUUUUUGAGGACUCUUUUACAAUAUAAAGACUUGUUUAAUAUAACUUAGUUACUGACAUAUGUAUUAUGGCAGCCUAUCAACCAUUGGAUGUUGCACUAAAAGAAUUUAUUGAGAAUAAAUCAAUUAAAAAAAUAAUCGCUUGAUUUAAGUAAAUGUCAGUCUGAAUUAACUCCGUAAUUGUGUAAAGAAUCUUCAGAGUAGGAAGAAUAAUGCAGCAGCAAUUUUUAGGGAAGUUCUAAGUUAUCUCAAAAUUUAAAGAAGUUGAAAUAGCUUUAAAUGAAUAAUCCAUUUUCCCAGAUUGCAGAUUUCGAUUAAAAAACCUUUUCUUAAUUUUAAAAAUAAACUUCAACUUUAGAUGUUCCAUAAAUCUGGAAUUUGUUGCCUUUUGGUAUUGCACUGAUUAACAGUAAGUUUGAAAUAUUGACUUACAAUUAAAAAUUAUUAUAUUUUUUAAAAGCGUCAGAUAAUGAUGGAAGAAAUAUCAUAUUAAAUUUGGAUUUGUUAUUAGAAAGGUAUAUCAAUUAACAUAAUAAGUCCUGAAUCUUGGGAGAGCAAAUCCGUACAUUAAUAUGGCUCACACUAUAGCAAUCGUUAAAGCAGGAGAUUUCAAACAAAAAGAUAAUUGUCCCUAAUUUCCAAAAGCAAUCAUGAAUAGAACUCAAUAAAUCCAGAUGGUGGAACUCAUUCUCAAAUCAAUGCGAACUUUGCCUUCAUUCCAAAUACUUCCAAUUAGAUAAGAGAUGAGAUUCUGACUACCAAAUCAAGAUAUCGUAAUCUAGAUUAGUUGUUUAAGAAAUUUGCCUUGAAAUAAUAUUCUUUAACCAAUAAUAAUAAUGGAGAUUGCUCAUUACAAUCUAUAGGUCAAAAUAUUCAAAUAAUUAAAAAAGUAUAGGACAUAGAUUCUAAGAAAUACUAUUUUAGAAUCAAAGUAUAUGAAAUAGACAAUAUAGGAAAUAAACUGAAUUAUUUAUUUGUGAUCGAAAAUAUUACAAAUAAGGAGGAAUUGCGCUAAUUAAGUGUAAGAUACAAAUUUUAAUAAGUUUUGCUAAAUUCUUUAUGUCAUGAAUUAAGAACUCCAAUGAAUAGCACCUUAUCUCAAUUGAAUGCAUUAACAUCCUUAAUUUCACCUUAAAUUAGAGAUAAGAAUCUCACUCCUGCCAUAAUCUCUGCCAAAAAGUUAAUGUUUCAAUUGAAUGAUAUAUUGGACUUUGCACAAAUAGAUUGUAAGAAUUUUCAUUUAGUGAAUUCACAAUUUGAACUUAAGGAAAUAUUUGAAAUAUUAAGAGAACUUUUUGAAUAAGAGUGCAAAGAGAAAAAUCUUUAAUUUAUUCUAAAUUUCAACCAUAUGAAAGAUGAUUAUAAUAUCUAUAGUGAUAAGGAACGUAUAGUAAGAAUAUUGGUAAAUUUGGUGGACAAUUCUAUUAAAUUUACAAAUGAAGGUGGAUCUAUUACAGUUACAGUCUAACAAGAAAAUAAUUAUAUUCUCUUUUGUGUUUUGGAUGAUGGAGUUGGUAUUUCUGAUAAAGUCUUAACAAAUAUUAGAAGCAAUAAAGAUUUUUAAAUGGAGGAUUAAUAUCAUCAAAAUGAAACUAAACUUGGUUUGGGUUUGAAAGUGUCUUAAUAAAUUGCAAAAUUUCUAUGUGUUGAUAAAGAACUCAAAAUUGAAAGUAAAGAAAAAUAAUUUACUAAAAUUUCAUUCAGAGUAGACUCUAAUUUUAAAUAUCUAAGUCAUUUAAAACUCCCCUCUUUUUAAGGUUGUAAUUUCCAUAUUAAUUGUAAUUGCAUAUAAAUUCUAAAUGUUGAUGAUGUUAGAUUUAAUCACAGUGCAAUUGAAGCUCUCUUGAGUCAACACAAAAUCAAGAUGGAAAGUGCCUAUAAUGGAGAGUAGGCUGUUCAGAUGAUCAAGAAAAGAUUAGACUAAACAUGCUGUAAAACGUAUAAAUUAAUAUUCAUGGAUAUUGAAAUGCCAAUCAUAAAUGGAUAUUAGGCUUCAAAAGAAGUAAUUUUCAUUAUAACAAUUUAGAUAACAGGCAUUUUAGAUAAAUUUAACUUAACAGACUAAAGUGUUAUAGUAAUGUGUUCAGCUUAUAAUGGAUAUGAAAAUAGUAAUUAAGCAAAGGCUUGCGGAAUAAAAGAAGUACUUCCAAAGCCUAUUGAACAAAAAUAACUCAAACAAUUACUUGAAAAAUAUUUAUUAUGA